CUUUAAACGUUGAAAUUGACCAAAAUAAACUCUAUUCAGAGAAUAAAUAAACCAAAUCUGUGUUUAAUGACUGCGUUUCUGAGCGAAACAAGAUGGCCGUGUGUGUGUGUCACACCUCAGGUCGAGAACCCGGUGUUAGCACUCGUGUUAGCUUUUAUUUAGCCGGUUUGAAGCGGCGUUGGUUGCUAGUUGACGGCUUCUGGAUUAGACUGGUUAACUACCGGGUUAGCCAUGAACUUGUAGCUGUGUUGUUUGAAUAGCUUCUCUGCUAGCCGCUAACCCAUAAGUCCCGGUUUAGUUGUUGCUUUCACCCCUUGUUGGCAACUGUUUUUGAUGUUCGGUUAGCUUGUGAUUUUAGCCAUUGCUAAUGUUAGCGCGCGAUGGCUUUACCUGCAGUUUGGCGUUGCUAAGGGGUAAAUGGGUGUUUUAGCUGCUGAGCAUUUAGCUGCUGUGUUAGCCAGUGAAGAAUGACGUCAGAGGAGAGUCUGAAGGAGUUUGUGAAGCAGCGACUAACUGCUGCUGCUCAACAGAUAUUCUCCAUCUUCCAACAAAACCUCGACCAGUGCCAAGACGAGAUGCAGCGUCAGCGCCAACUGCUGGACGUCAUUUUAAAACCGGAGCGCAGGCCAAACGGAGCAGAACUGCCACACAAAUCUGGUUUUGUGGAGGAGUGGAAGUCAUGUUUGGAGCAGCGUACCCUCUGCAUCCGCCAGGAGGGGGGGCUGCUCGCAGGGAGCCACUGUAACGUUGGAGAGGAGUUUGUGAAGCAGAGAAUCUGUGCUGCCGCUGACGACCUGUGGUCUCUGCUGGAGUCGGUCUUCACUGGGCAGCAGGCGGACAGAGACGGUCGGGACCCAGGUGGGCUGAGGCCCAUGACAGAGCCUCCUCUGCUCCCUGUCUGCAAGGAGGAGGAGGAGGAGAGGAGCUGCAGUCUGACUCCACACACGAAGGAGGAGCAGCUGGACUUUUGUAGCACUCAGGAUGUGGAGCAGCUGGUUCUGAAGCAGCAGCAGGAGGAGGAGGAGGAGGAGGAGGGAACUCCUUCUGACGGGGACAGAGGACAGCGCCUCGCAGGGAGCCACUGUAACGUUGGAGAAGAGUUUGUGAAGCAGAGAAUCUGUGCUGCCGCUGACGACCUGUGGUCUCUGCUGGAGUCGGUCUUCACUGGGCAGCAGGCGGACAGAGACGGUCGGGACCCAGGUGGGCUGAGGCCCACGACAGAGCCUCCUCUGCUCCCUGUCUGCAAGGAGGAGGAGGAGGAGAGGAGCUGCAGUCUGACUCCACACACGAAGGAGGAGCAGCUGGACUUUUGUAGCACUCAGGAUGUGGAGCAGCUGGUUCUGAAGCAGCAGCAGCAGGAGGAGGAGGAGGAGGGAACUCACCGCCACAGUCAGAACCGCUUUGUGGAUGAAGAGCUGACAGCUGCUGUUGACGACAUAUUCAGCGUCAUAGAGAGAUUUCUCUGCACCUCCACGUGGGAACAUCAGCACCCUCUGCUGGAUGUAGUCAGAAGUAGCCAUCAGAGGAGGACAGAGCGAUCACAGCAGCAGAAGUCCAGGUUGGACAGAGAAAAUACUGAGGCUCUAUGGAUUAAGGAGGAGGAGGUGGAAAGAGAGGAGCAGCUGCUCCUGAAGCAGGACAAGGCUCAGAACGUUGACCUGACUGAAGCCUCACUUUCUGAAAACUCUCCUGGAUUUGGGAGCUGUGGCCAGACAGGAAGUGAUGUCGCCGUUGACCAGGGAACAAAGAGCCGGCCUCCUGCUCCCAAAACUAAAAAAACCUUUAAAUGUGAGACAUGUGGAAAGACAUCCCAGCGCCGAUACCUUCACCUCCAGCACGUCAGGACCCACACGGGGGAGAAGCCGUACACCUGUGAAACAUGUGGGAACUGCUUCAACCAGAAGUCGGCGUUGAACCAGCACAUGAGAAUCCACACAGGAGAGAAGCCCUUCCUGUGUAAGACCUGUGGAAGGACGUUUGGCCAGGCGUCCUCGCUGCGAGCCCACCGGAUCAUCCACACGGACGAGAAGCCGCACGAGUGCCGCUUCUGCGGAAUGACCUUUGCCCUGCUGGAGCGCCUGAUCCGUCACACCAGAGUCCACACGGACGAGAGGCCGUACGCCUGUCAGGUCUGUGGGAGGAGCUUCAGACAGAGCACGUCCCUGAGCGUCCACCUGAGGGUCCACAGCGGGGAGCGGCCGUACCAGUGCGGCUUCUGCGGCAAAGGCUUCGUGGACAAGUCGGGUGUGAACGCUCACCAGAAAAUCCACCUGGGAGAGAAACCCCACCGCUGCCGGACCUGUGGGAAGUUCUUCAGGAACACCAAUCAGCUGAAGAUUCACACGAGGAUUCACACCGGAGAGAAGCCGUUCACCUGCCGCAGUUGUGGCCGGCGCUUCAACCAGCUAGCCUCGUUCCAGAAACAUCUAGAAACUCACGGAGAUCACAUGACCAGGGACGACUGGACGUUCGUGGAAGAAGACUCGCCGUCAUUUAUUCCUGAAGACGCCUGAGACUGCGCCACCUGUCUGUAGACCACUAGACCGUGAUUAUAACUCAAAGUAUAGUCGCUGCAGCUGAGAUGGUUAUUAGGGAUGUCCGAUAACAUCGGCCGACUGAUGUUAGCUUAUCUGUUAGAAUCUUUAUCGGGGUUUUUUUUCUCCGAUAAUGAAAACCCGAUAAGGCAACGCCUGGCUUUGGCCAAACGAUGACUGCCCUGAAAAUAGUUCAAAGCCCCGGGGACAGACCAAUCAGACGCCUCGGUCUCUGAAGGACUUUUAGCUGCAGUCACUGGUUCUAAACUCUCAGUCCAGAUUCUCCAGAAACUCCUCCUUCUCCACCUCCUCACCCGUAGUCGGCGCUGUUGUCAGACACAGCGCACGACAAAGCGUUCCAACACAAGGAACAGAACCCACUGCGCAUGUGCACUACAACAUGGUGCGUUCAAGGCAGCCAAGAACCGUCAGAAAAAGUAGAAGGUCAGACCAGAACAUAAACAUUUAUUCACCGACCGUCACAAUAAGAAAUGAACGCAGACCAUUAUCAACGCUCAACAAGGCUCUGGCCACUAGAUGGCAGCAUUGUAGCUUCUUUCAUUAAUCUACAGUGAUAACCAGGUGAUUGUCUGUAGAAUGCUGGUGCAGCAACUCUGACACUGGUUUGGACAGAGAAAUAAAGAAAUAUUACCAGG